GCGAGCCGAGCCGAGCCGAGCGAACGAGGGAGCGAGCUAGCUAGCUAGCUUAGCUAGUUAACAAACGAACGACGACGACUACGAGAGAAAAAGAAAGAGAAAGAAAACGAGCGAACGAACUCGGUGUUUCGUUCCGGUGUUCCAACAGUGGUGUGUUUAGUAGUGUUCCGUAUUCACGAGCGUGUGCGUCCCGAAUUGUGAAUUCGCGCGAGCGUGCGUGCGUGCGUGAGUGCGUGCGUGCGUGCGUCGUGCGUGUUCUGUCUAUCUCUGUGCGUGCGCGCUUUCGUGUGUGUUGUGUGUGUGUGUGUGUGUGUGUGUACGUGCGUACGGCGUGUGUACAUAUAUAAGAAAAAGUUAGUGCUCUCCUCUUAAUCGUGUGUCGAUGAAAAGGAGGUUCCUUUAAAUGUGUGUGUAGUCCGGUCUCGGAAAAGUCCAGUGGCGGCCACAAAGAGAGAGAGAGCCAUCAUGGCGAAUCCACGGAAAUUCAGUGAAAAGAUUGCCUUGCUCAACCAGAAGGAGGCGCAGGAAACGGCAGCAUUUGAAGCGAUCAUGCGAGAAGUAUCGGACGUCACGAGCAGAGUCGCGUCAGCAAGCAGCUCGGUGGGUGCGAGUCCCACGGGAUCUGGUGUCCCGGAUGCCCCGCUCUCCGUCAAGAGUGCCGGUGCCAGUCCUCCGCAGUCCAGUGGCAAACAUCUUCACAUUAACUUGGGCAAUCAGUUUCGAGCAGGAGGUUCCUUGCCUAACGUUAACAACAAUGCGAACUGUGCCAACGACACGAAGGAGCAUCAUCCUUCGCAACACACUGGCGCCGUUCAUUCGAUCGAUCUUAAGACGGCGUUAAGCAAUUUGGAAGAGAUGCAACACAAUUCGAUGGUCUAUCGAAGUAAUGAAAGGGGUAGGCAUAUGGGGGUUGGCCCGGUACGGUCUCGUCCCAUGGAAAAAAGACACGACACAUCCCCUUAUAGUGGUGUAUCUUAUCUUUCACCGUCAUUGCCGGACACGUGGAGAAGGACCAAUUCGGAUUCGGCAUUACAUCAAAGCGCAAAUGAGGCUUGUCAAUCUACGACGACUAUGCCUCAUCGAAGAGAUCAGCACAAUAUGAGCAGUGGAAGUAACGACAAUAGAGAAACGCAUCAUGGUUCAAUAGAACGACCAAGAUCGUCUUGCGAGAUGCCUCGAGUACCUGGAAUUAACAUAUAUCUGAGCUCACAACCACCUGGACAACAGAUUCCCAUAGGAAAUAAUACAGGAUCGUUGCCCGACUUAAGCAACGUCCAUUUUCCUUCACCCCUUCACACCCCUCUGGAUCAAGAGGAUCACUCCAGUAGUACACCCUUCAGUAACAGUCCUCAAACGAGCAGUCCUACAAACCUGUCGCCGACCAGCUUGGCUCAAGCUGGUAGGCUAUCCCUUUCACAGGAUCACAAUCCGCCAAGUGCCCAACAGGGUGUGGCGCUGGAAAACAGCACAAGUACUUCGCAACAGGAUCUUCAGAGUUACUCUCAACAACCGGCACCUCAACCACCACCUUCGAUAUCUCACAGUCCAGCUGGUCACUAUAUUUAUCAACAACAACCACAUAGUCCUGUGCCACCACAAAGCCCGAAAACGUCACAGUCGCAGCAAUCACAACAACAACAGCAACAUCAGCACCAACAAACACAGCAAUUAAAUUCCUUGGGUUCCUACAGGACCUCACAACCAGUGAACAGGCCAUCGCCACAAUCUUCGCCUAGUCUAACUGUACAAGGAAGUCCAUUAAGUUAUAGCAAUAAUCCAUCAGCCCCGCCAAGUCCAACAGGACAUCCUGGUCCACCGACCCUAACCUCGGAUGGAAUAGAUCAAAACAGUUACGUCAUUAACCAAGCACAAGCUGCUGCACUUCAACAAGACUUUGAACAAUUCACGAUGGAUUGGCCGAAAUUCGCACAGCAGCUCAUGGAACUUGGUUGCACCUGGACAACGCAGAUAGAGAUGGACACACCUGUCUCGGCGAACACAAUUGGUAGUUACAUAGGAUCGCCCAAUCACACGACGAGUUAUGCACAGAACGACAUGAUAAACGUCGGUGGAGAAUUAGGCAGCGGUGAUGGGGGAUAUUAUAGUACGAGUCCCCAAGUGGCGUAUCAACCAACGAAUACGUCGACAACGACGACUCAACAAUUGACACCACAAACGCCAAAUACACCAACGAUCAUACUUACAGAUUUUUCUGGAGCAGACGACCUGACUAAUCCAGAAUUCGUGAAGGAUCUAGGAACAGCAAUGAUGAGCGAUUUCGAUCCAGAAUUAUUUCCAACGGACGAUGCUCUUAGACAGGGCUUGGGUCAAAUCGACGUUGAUGGUUUACAAAUGCUCACGGAUCCAACCGUGGUGAUAUCUGAUCCCAGUGCAGAAGCACACUUUAGGUUAGAUCGGCUCUAAAAAGCCCAAGGCUAGAGAAAAAAUAAGAAAGAGAGCGAGAGAGAGCGAGAGAGAGAGAGAGAGAGAGAGAGAGAGAGAGAGAGAUAUAUAUAUAUAUAUAUAUAGAAAGAGAGAGAGAGAGAGAGAUAUCAUACAUGUAUAUACACAAACACAUUGACACGAAAACACAAUAAAAAUUUCGUCUUAUCUCAAAUUAGUCUAAGAAAUGAUUAGACAAAUCGUCGAAAGAUAAAAAACAAACUUGUACAAUUUGUAUAUAACCAUGUUAUUGUGGUAUAAACACACUACCUAUUAUUAUUAAUAAUAUAUAUAUAUAUAUAUGUGCAUGUGUAUGUAUACAUUAUUAAUAAUAAUAAUUGUAUAUAUAUAUACACACAUGCAUAUAUGUAUAAUAUAUAUAUAGGUACAUACAUUGCUCUGUAAUGCCGUUACGUUGUGUACUAUAUUAUUGUGAACACCAUUUCUCAGACAUCGAUUUUUCUAAAUAAAAGUAAAAAACUUCUUUCUUUCGAGACACAUUGAAACAAAAAAGAAAACAAAAAGAAAAAAGGAAAGAAAAAGGAAACAACAACAACAACAACAACAAAAACAAAAAACUAAUGUAAGUAAAUUCUCUGUCGUAGAUUCCAUGUCGGUCGAAGUCAAUUUUUUUUAACUUUUUUUCUGUUUUCUUUCUUUCUUUUUCUUUCUUAAUCAACACUUUUAAUUCCUUUUCUCUUAAUUUUUCACAAAAAAAAAAAAAGAAAAAGAAAAAAAUUCUCUUCUUUCACGAACUUUUUUACUCUGGAAACUUGUUCACGAUUUGACAUAUUUUGAGGUUAGCAAAAGACAACCGUGCUCCUUCUUAUAUUCUUCUUUAUAAAAUCGUUUAAUGAAAUUUUUAAGAAGAAAAGAAUCGAAUAUUUUUUGAAGGAGACGAGGAAAAAGAACCUCUAAAGAAAAAAAGAAAAAGAAAAAAAAAAAACGAAACAAAAAUUCGGUGCCUCAGAAAACGUUGUACCAACGAGCCUUUCCCAGACUGAUUCGAUCGACGUUCAAUCAAUCAAAAAAAUCGAACCUCUGAAAGCAAGAACGAAAAUUAAAAAGGAAACAUAAAGAAAAAGAAAAAAAAAAAACAUAUUCGAGAUAAAGAAAAAAAACUCGAAUCCGGUUUCGCGUUCUCUAAUUGAUUAAUUGAUUAAAUAACUAAAUAAUUAAUUAAUUGAUUGAUUAAGCAAUUAAAAAGAACAGGAAGAAGAAGAAGAAGAAGAAGAAAUAUCUUAAUUAAUUAAGGAACGUAACAAAUCGUACGAUCAUUUUAUCGAUUCAUACACAGGCCUGCUCUUGCGAUCGAGCUCGAAAAUUUUAACCGACUAAUUAAGCAAACAAUAAUUCGUUCGUUCGUUCGUUCGUUCGUAUUAUUUUGUCUUUUGUUUUUUAAUUACCAACGCGUAACAUAACCUACGAUUUUUCACAUUUUCACGAAAUUAGUCGUCUAAUUUUCAUCGAUAUUUCUAUUUGUUCGUUUCUUCUUUUCUUUUUUUUUUCACGAUUAUUAAAAAUAAUUUUCAUAUACAAUUUUCUUUUCGAUCUCGAUCGCUUAACUCUUGAAUUAUGUAUAGUAACUUUUCUCUACGAACAAAUAAAAAUAAGCAUAUAUGUAUAUA